UUUUUGAACUUCACCACAUAAGUUGGAGAGAGCAAGUAGGAUUUUAGGGCAAGACCUCCGCAAUUGUUGAUUGGGUAAGAUAAAUCCUUGAAUAAAGUGGCGGCGCCUGUCGCAUGAAUUCUCCAAUAGCUGAAACCCAAGGAGACAUUGACACAGACAUAGACAACGACAACCUCAAUCCCUUCACUAUGAUUCUCCCACAAGACAAUGACGCUAAUCAUGCAACUCGUCAGCAGCAACAACAGCAGCUCUAUUUUCUCCAAUCCAUCAACUCCAACGUUGUCAUCAGACAACUCCCAUCUCAAGGCCUUUCUUUCCAACUUUGGCCUGCUGCUACCGUUCUUGUUACUCUCCUUGACAGCACCCGUGGCGGAUUAACGUCUCCGUUUUCUGACUUACUGAAAUGUCGGGAAAAAGGGGUAGGGGAGUCAUUGCCCCUUCGUAUUCUUGAACUGGGUUCAGGUACAGGCGUUGUUGGGAUAGCUGCUGCUGCAAUUCUUGGUGCUAAGGUUACUGUAACUGACCUUCCUCAUGUGCUGCCUAAUAUACAGUUCAAUGUUGAUGCGAACUCACAGGUUUUGGAAAAGCAGACUGGGGUUGUUGAUGUGGCGGCGCUUAGCUGGGGGGAGAACCUGGAUAUGGAGGCUGUUGGUAGAGAUUAUGACCUGAUUUUGGGAUCUGAUGUGGUGUAUCAUGAUCACCUGUAUGAACCUUUGAUUGAGACGUUGAGGUUUUUCUUGUUAGGAGGUGGAAAGAAGAUAGCUUUUGUGAUGGCUCAUUUGAGAAGAUGGAAGAAGGAAUCGGUUUUCUUCAAGAGAGCUAAGAAGCUUUUUGAUGUACAAAUCAUACAUACCGAGCCUCCAUCCAAUGGGUCUAGGACUGGGGUGGUUGUGUACCUGUUUACCGCGAAAAGAUAAGUCUCCAAGAGACCCACUAUCGUCAACCAAGGUUUGAUGUUGGUUGGAUGUCAGUUUAUGAAUCUUGUUGUAAUGUAUAACAAUGGGGUUUUGCCCAGCAAAGAAGUAAAACGCUCUUUGCUUUUACAUGGAAGUACAAUCAACAAA